UGCACGCCCAAGCCGAGUCCACUUUUACGUAACAAGAUGGCGGCGCCCUGUAGGAAGCUUGCGAGGUCGGUGAUGUUUAAAGGUUUGUGUCAGAUUCCAGGCCGGUCAUUAUGGACACAGAGGUGCCCGGUCAAGUUACAGGCUCUGAGGUGCAUUCCUCCCCGGUGUCUCACCCGACUCUACCAGCCACUGACCACCACCAGGUCGACACUGAUCAGCACCAAAACAGAACAGCCAAGAAGCACCGAUCAGCAGAAAACGACUGACACGCAGAAAGAGCAAAAGAAAGAGACUGAGGAGGAAGAGGAGGAGCAGGGACCAGAGUACAUCCCCACGAGAAAGGCCAAGAACCCCAUGAUAAACAUCGGAUAUGCCUGGAUGGUCGGUCUCCCUGCAGGAAUAAUAGGAUUCAUCCUGACCAAGAGAGAGGUGGAUAAGAACCGCCUGAAGCAGCUGAGGAUUCGCCAGCGGAUGAACCGGUCCAAUGAAGGAGAAUACGAGGGCAGUCGCUACCGCAACCACAGACUGGACUGAUCCCAACUACAUUGAGAAGAUGUGUGUGUGCUUGAGUGAAUGUGUGCGUGUGUGUUCACUGCCUCGUCUGCCGUUGGACUGACGAAGCCUUAAAAAGAGACUGAUGUAUACGGAUUGGAAACAGUUGUUGAGAGACACCCGUACUACUUUGCUCAGUGUUCGCACCUACAAGAAUGUAUAUGAAUCGACUGUCUGCGUGGAUCAGUAUAGGAUCCAGAGUUCUUCCUAUGUCAUGACCUUUGUCGGGAGAAACGCUGGCCAUGUCACUCUGCUACGUGCAACGGGCCUUUUCUUUCCAGAUUUUUCAAAACAUGCAUCAGUAAGUACACCCUGCAAACUGUGUUCCCAUGUGGAUUUCUCUCAACAGUCAAUCGUUUAACAUCAAUAGUCUAAAACGUCCAUUCUUCUCAUGUGGUAGAAAAGAAGCUUGUCUAUUAAUGCUUUGAGGUGUGAAUUUGGGCCUUUUCUCAGUGUUCUGCUAUGUCAUCCAAUGUUCUGUUCUGAGGGUUCUAAACACAUUUGAGCCUAGAACUGUAUGUUCAAGCCAGUACCUGACAAUUAGGCUAAACAUUUCACAAUGCUAUAAUAGGUACCCUGUAUGUGGUAUCAUGUACAUCAGAAACAGACAUUGCAUUUACAUGAAAAUGAAUUUACAUCUGUAAGAUGGCACCACUAAGACGAGACCAUUACCUAACGGCGUAUCAAAAUCACGCCAAUCAGCCCAGAGCUUUCGCUCAUGAUUACCUUGUCGUUACCUAUGUUUAAAUCAUAGAAAAGCAUCAGACAUGCAGAGUAAAAGGAAAUACAAAAAUAGCAGCGGAUCAUUUAUCCAGAGUGGGUGGAGGAGGUGAGGCCAGACAGAGUAGUCAUCUGCUCUUACUCCUGUGCAGCACUGAUGAGCUUAAAUUCAUGUGUCUCCGAGCAGACGGGGUGGGGUGUAUUGUAUGAAGUUUUACAGUGUUUGUAUAGGGUGAAACGGAUGGGGAUAUUUGUGAUGUUCCCUCUGGGUACCAGCUCAUGUGGGAGUAGAGGAGAAUGAGGAAGUGGAUAUUAUUGCCAAUCAGGCUCGUAAACAUCCUGAUGUUGAGCUGGAAUUGUCAUUUAGUAAAGCGGAAGCUAAAUGGAUGAAUAAUAACAGUGGUUAAAAGUAAGUGGCAAUAGUUGUGGAACAGGGAGAAUAAGGGAAGACACCUGUAUAAGAGUUGUGGAACAGGGAGAGUAAGGGAAGACACCUGUAUAAGAGUUGUGGAACAGGGAGAGUAAGGGAAGACACCUGUAUAAGAGUUGUGGAACAGGGAGAGUAAGGGAAGACACCUGUAUAAGAGUUGUGGAACAGGGAGAGUAAGGGAAGACACCUGUAUGAGAUCCAGGUGGGGGCAGGGAGGUCCUCAGGCCGAGAGAGAAGGGAGGAAAGUGUAGUCACAAGGCUGAGACUGGGACAUACAAGGCUAAAUAGUGCAUUGAAAGUGGUGGUGAACCAUCCGACUGGGAGGUGUGAUCAUUGUCAGGAAGGAGACAUUGGAACACGUUCUAUUUCAGUGCCAGAAAUAUGUGAAAGGGAGCGAUUGCCAUUAGAUUUGAGGAGUAACAGAGGGGUAUAAGAGCCUUCAUUGUCUCUGGUCCACACUCCAGUCGGUGCCGGUAAUGCCCCUUAAAGUUGGUUGCCAGCCACCAUAUGAAAUCCACAGAAGAAGAAGUAAAAAUAAAAACCUGUCUCUACUUUGACGUUUCCUCUUCA